AUGUCUCCUAUCCAGAACGUCACUGUUCUAGGGGCAUCCGGAGCCGUCGGGACCCUCCUGGUAGACGCUCUGCUCGCCUCCAACUUUACCGUCUCAGUGGUCCUCCGUCCCUCAUCCAAGGCUACUUUCCCAGCGUCUGUGACCGUCCACCGCGCCAACUAUGACGACCUCGAGGCCCUCACUACCGCCUUUCAGGGCCAGGACGCCGUCAUCUCAGCCGUGGGGACCUUCGACGCCGCCAUCCAGCGCACAGCCAUCGACGCCGCAGCCGCCGUGCCCAGCGUAAGGCGGUUCAUCCCAAGCGAGUACGGAGGCGAUACGUCGCAGCCGGGGCCCGUCAGCUUUGCCCGAUUCCCGCAGGCUAAGCGGGAGAUUGUCGAGUACCUGGAUUCAAAGGAGGGGAUAACGUGGACGGCGAUUUGCACGGGGUCGUUCAUCAAUUGGCUACUUGAGUUGGAAAACGCAGCAAUGGGCUGGGACCUAUCUGCGCGCAAAGUCAGCAUCUUCGAUUCUGGCAAUCGGCCGUUUGUCGUGAGUACGCUUGGGCAGGUGACGAGGGCGAUCAUCUCGGUCCUGCAGCAUGAGGAGGAGACGAAGAAUGCGUAUGUGUAUGUGAAGUCUUUUGAGGUGACGCAGACUCAGCUCCUGGGGUUGAUUGAGCGGUUGUCGGGGACGAAGUUCGAGGUGAAGCAUUUAACUACGGAGGAGAUUGCGCAGCGGGGAGUGGAUCAUCUCGAGGAGGGAGACUAUGAGCAUGGAUAUCCCGAGGUGGUGACGGCGGUGGCAUAUGGACCAUGGGGGUUCUUAGGGUUUGGAGAGCAAGCAGAGAAGUGGAAUGGUGUCCUGGAUCUUCCGAAGGAGGACCUCGAGGAGACAGUCAGGGAUAUCCUGAAGAAGAAGGGAUUAUUGAAGGAGUAA